ACACGAGGAAAGUAUUAUAAGCGACAUCGGCUGGAAAGAUGGCUUGCUUUGUGAAGACCCUGACGCGGGAGUCUAUCAAGGACAUAGAGAUCGGCAACCCGUUCCUACGAAUGAAGCUCUUCUCUUUCACUGGAGUGGAGAGCAAGCCGCUAACACUGGACGACGUCCCUCAAUCCUUCAGACCCUACCCCGGCUGCAUAUUCGACGUGCUCAGCGAGCCUGACAAGGACAAGAGGAAAGAAGGGUUGGUGGAUUUCUUUGCCAACCUGUGCGGUGAAAAGUGUCCGACUCGUCAGUUCUCUCUGUUCUAUGCCAUCAUGCACCUUUGGAAGGCGGUAUUCGCGGUAUCCACAACCCACCCUCCGCAGAGGCCCACCCUGCGUACCUUUCACUGGCUGGCAGGAACAGGCAUGUUCCAGAGCCUGGUGAGGAUCCUCCGCCUGUGUCUGGACCAGGAGUUCCUUGCCGUCGAGUACAAUCGCUACGUUCCCUACCGUAUCCUGGAGACCAUCUUUGCAGCCAUGCAGGCAGAGAUGGUGCACGGAGAUGACAUCAUCAAGCAUGUCGUUGAAGACCUCAGCAUCGCCGUGCCGACGUUUGUGGGGUUAAUGGAGGGGCAGGUGUCGUUUUCGGAGCAAAUCAUGGCUCAGAUGGUCAUCGGGAAUUUCUCCUGCUACCCACAGGGGAUGAUCCUACUCGUUAACGCUCCUCACCUGGCGGGGCUGACAGGCAAGUUUCUCUGGAUUGCGUACGACCUGUGCUGGGUCCACUACGCUCAGUUCGACGAGAGAAAGAUGUACAUGCAUCGCCACCUCCUCAACACCGACAUCGAACUAGACCCGGGGAAAGUCUAUCUCCCCGGACCCAAGCGCAACCCCGAUCUCUGUGCGUACUCUGCACUCUGCUGCAUGUGCAACAUAUGUGCCGGUUACCCUGACGAGUGCAGCAUGGAGCAAGUAGACGACUGUCUCAUCUCGCUCGUGAGCCACGGAUACUUCCGGAACCUGGGUACCAUCGCCACGGGGAUACACCUGGCUCGACCGAAAUACUCUGAGCUCACCAUCGACAAAUUCCUGUCCCUAACCAGUUGGGCCGGUUUCAACCCCGUGAACCAGAGGGUCAUCCUCGAUCAGAUCAACUCCCUCCCUGCCAUCCGGAAAGAGGACCCGCUCAUGUUCUUCCCGACCUCCAAGUGCCGCGGUCGCAGCGCAAUCGCGUUCCUCAUCACCCACGCUCUCUGGCUGGACUUUGACCAGGGGAGUCAUUUUUCGAUACUGGGGCUCAUGUACGUACUGAAGAAGAUCCCGGAGGUGGGGAAGGCAGUGGUGGACGCCAUAGGACCAGAGCUGGUGGACCUGGCUCACUCCAUACACCACGUCAAGAUGCCAGACGACGGAGACCCAGUGCCUAUCAAGAGGGGCAUAUUUGAGCCCAUGCUCCGUCUGGCUGGCAUAUCUUUCUACACUGAGCAGGGGGAAAUGAUUCGGAACUAUGACCCUAUGUACAAGGAAGGUCACUGGCCUGAGUGUGUGGUGGAGAUAAGGGAAUACUGUCUCCGGCACAUCAGAGAAAUCAAACUCUCCAAAGAAGACAGAGAAAAGAGAGCUCUGUGAGCCUCUAAAAGCAUAGCCACAAUUUACGUACAAAGUCUUGAUGCUCUCUGUUGUUGUUUACUGGCAGACUGGCUGAUGCUCUGAAGGUGGAAGGAAACGCUCUCUAUGAGAAAGGAGAGCUCCACUCUGCCAUUGAGGCAUACACACGGGCCCUCGACACAUGUCCUCUCAAGUGCACAGAGAAAAGACUCACCUACCGCAGGUCAGUGAACCUUCAAUCCUGGUCAAAGAGAAAUCCUCCCUCUCCUCCCUCCUCUACAUGUGUUGGUUCCAGUAAUCGAUCAGAGUGCUACCUGCAGACCAACCAGCCCAGGAAAGCCAUCAAGGAUUGUAACAGAGCGUUGGCUAUGAACCCAUGCAACAUGAAGGUUCGCUGGAGAAGAGCGCAGGCAUUUCAGAGGAUAAACUACAACUACCCAGCGGCCCUUGACCUCCUGACCAUACAGGGGAAGGAGGAAGACGCUCUGAAGGUGAUCGGCAAAACGGCCUUCUCCGGGUUGGAGCAAGUCAUAUUUGGUCUCAUGGGCCACCAGAACUUCAAGAACGCAGCCACUCGCAAGUACAGCAACCUGGUACACAAUGACACCGUUCAGAAGAUAUCGGCUCUGAAGACGUACGAACUGGAGAAGACGAUAGUGCCUCCGUUUCGAGCCAAGACGUAUAAGGAGCUGAUCGGUCGAAGUCCCGGAGGCUACGAACUGGACUACGACUCUGAGAACGAGGGAGAGAGACCGAACCCCUCCAGAAAGUGGGCAAUGAGCGGAGGGAAAGAGGACGAGGAUGAGAUUGAUCGAGAGGUGAGGGAAAAGAUGGCGGACAUGAACAUACGGUGGCUGGAGCGAGAGGACAAGUACGUGAAGCCGGCAGAGAAGCUGGGAAUGGAGCGAGAUAUCCUGGAAGAGAGGAGGAUUCUGCUCCUCACGGCUGAGAGGAAGAGGCUGGGGAAACUGACCGGGCCUCCAAAACUCAGCUCCAGCAAGAAACACAGACGAUCAAAGGCUUAGCUUUUGUGCAUACAGCGCUAGUUUCGAAAAACUCACUUUUUAUUGUGUGCUGUGCUGUGAUCAAUAAAAUGAUGUUGAUGUUUCAAGAUGUAUGCUCAACUAUGAAGCA